AUGACGAGCCGUUCUGCGCAUCACCAGGAGGUGCCCACAAGGAAGAAGACUUGCGACGUCCACAACAAGCGACGAACCCGCGUUUUUUUUUGGUUUUCGACAACCACAAAUGAGCUCCCCAAUGUUGUUGCUAUUGAUGCUGAUUUGCGUGGGGAUUACACAAAAAUAAAUACCAAACGAAACGAAAUUUGCAACCCACUGACGACUGCAUGGUGCAUGGCGAAGUUGCCAUCAUCAUCGGUGAAUGAUAAAAAGGCACUUCAAGGGAACCUGGCAAGACUGUUCAACAUCUUUCGUGCAACUGCAAAUGUCGGCUACCGGAUUCCACCCCGGAAACCUGAUUAUGCCCACCAAAAGCAGAAAGCAGGGAGGUGCCGCACAUCAAAGACCUUGACAGAGAACGACCCAACAAGUACCUCGGAAUUCCCUGAACUUCCAACAACUCUAAGAUGGGCCCCAGAAGUUGGCAGCAGUGCUUUGCCAGCUAGUUUCCGGAAGAAAAGUGAACGACGCGGAAGUAAAAAGUGCGCUAGCUGUCGGAAAACGCCGUCGCCAAUUCCUGAAAUUCGGGAACGCAAGAAAACAGCAGGAACCGACAGGCUCGCUCCACCGUUUGGCCGCUACCACAAACUCUUCCGGGUAGGACGACUGCCGAAACGGCAAAGAGGCUUUGGGCCACAAACAAGUCAGAAUUGCCUAUUCGUAAAGUCGCCAGCAGUACCUCCUCUGCUCUGCAGGCACUUGGAAAAGCACGAGGUUGAAUCGAAGGACAAACUUCUAAGCAAGCCCGGAGAGAUUUGCGGUAGCAAUCGGCCAACUCGAAAGAGCCACGCAGACCCGGAAAUUGCCUGCCGAAAGGAAAAGGAAAAUUGCACACAAGGGGUCGGAGACGACCCCUUUUUUAUAUAUCCUUCUGGUACAUUCCCGUUUGUUCAUCCUGGUGCACUUUUCUUGCACAUUUUGACCACCGUCACUGACAAUCGGUUGGGGCGUGUAUCGACACGUGCCACAUCAUUUGUUUUCCCCUGGGAGGAGCAAAUUGCUUCAGUCCCGAGAGGCAUUUUCGCGGAGCCGCGGCCGGAGCAAACUGGUUGGUCUCCACGGCGGAAAAUCGUCGACUCGGCCUAUUGGUACCGGACAGUCGUGUCAACAGCUGCAGCAGGAGCUUUUCGUGGAUCCGCGCAGGAUCAAAGGCCCGGAACUCAUCGUUUGGACAGUCGAUGACAAAGCGGUUCGAUUCAUUGUCGACAACAUACUGGGGGAACCGAACCGCUGGGAGCAUUUGCGAAUGCAUCGGUGCACCCGAAGACGAUCGUGGGCGAGAGUUUGUCGCCAGGAAAACGACAAUGAAAAUUUCCAUGCACCAGAUCACGAAAAGGAAAUUCGUCGCUUCGAAGAAUCUGAGGCACGGGUGCAAGAUCGCGACCGGAUCGUGUUGUGCAUGCCAGUGAGGAGUAAGGUGGUGGGCACGAAAUUGCAGCGCAGUGCCACAGCUGCGCGAGAAUCUUGCGCAUGUGUAGGUGAGGAGCCAUCUUAUUGGAAAUUAGUUUGUGCGAAUCGAGAACAAAUUUGCGGAGUGGAUUCGCGAUCACAUCGAGCGCUGAGUGCGGCACGGGUGAGGUCAUCCGAAGCGUGUCGCACAGUCCGGAAGGUUAAGAACGGAUUCGAGCAGGAAUUGCGCAAAUCACCCAGGAGAUUGGGUUGCGCAAACAGAACGAGUUUACCAGGCAGAAUGAAAGCCUCAAGGAGGCCAAAAGGAUCGUCGAGCAUUGUGUAGCAUGUAGCCACGUAAGUCGACCACUCAAAAAUAUUUAUGGGGGAUAAUAAAAUGGGUUCAAUCCAAUUGCAACAACAUUAAAGUUG